UCUUGUACUCAAUUGGUUGAGCCCCACAAUUGUAUUAUAUUUGUUAAUACUUGAUAAUAACAAUCAUAUUGAAUUUGAGUGUUAUUUGUCUUCACUGGGCCUACAACUAUGAGAAAAGCAACAUGAGGUAUGCCUCAGGUUCAGAUCAGCUAUGCCUCAGGUUUCUACAACACGCAAGCAAAGUUCGUUGAAGAUGACAAAUAUUGAUGGGUUCAAAACAUACCAACAUGAGCCGGCAAGAAAACUCGUUCGUGUAGUCGGGUUCAUGCGAAGUGGUUCGUUGCAGACUGAUUUUGAUGCAUGCCUUCCUCUGGACAGGGUUAACGAAUGCAGUGGGUUCUUGAUAAUGAUUUUUCUGACAAUACCACAUGAAAUGCUUUCUUCGGAUGUGAAAAGGUUUUACAGCUUUCUUCGGACCUCAAAGUCUUGGAAUCCGGUUGUGGCAGACAAGGCUGAGUGGGUUGACUUACUUAUCCUUCCAUCAUGUUUCUAUGUUGUGUAAUUCGUCUGGCCCCAAGUCAUCGAAAUAAUUGGUGGAGUAGUUGUCUUCAUCUGAUGAUUCUAAUGUUAAUUCUUCUUCAUCUUCUUCGUUGAGAUAAUCUGCUAAAUGCCUGUCAAAAAUUUCUGGAUACUUGGUGCUGGCAAUAAAAUCUGACAAAAGUCUGGAGAAAAGAUAUAAAAGGGCACAUUGAAAGAUAUUUCAGUAGAAU